UAGAAAGAUUUCUGUCGGACAGAUAUUCUUACUAAUACUGAAUGACAAUAUUGUGCUAUCAUAUUACAGUUGACAGCUAUGUUACUUCGAAAAUGUUUUUUUGGCAGAUUAUUCAACAUAUUUGGUUUAUAGAUUAAUUAUAUUCUAUAGUGGAUAUCACUGUGAAAUAUGGAUAACGUGACAGGAAUAAUACGUGCCAUGUAUCGAGGAUUUGUGGAUAGCUUAAGAGGAGCUAUUGUUUUGUUUUAUAUGGACAAACAUAUUAAUGAAAAGAUAUCUAGACCUCCCUCCUCUAAAUUAGAAAUUCAUGGAAAAGACGCAGCUAUUAUACCUCAUGCUUCAAAACAUUUUAAUCACUUAAGAGAAUCAAAGGUAUUAAAAAGAACAAUUCAAUGUUGUGCAUUAAAUGGUGGUGUAUUUUGGGCCAGCAUUUUGAUAUUUGAAUGUGGUUUACUUCCAUUUCUCAAGUACUUAUUGAGCAUUAUAUUUGGCCAUUCACCGGGUAUGGGUAUGACUGUGUGGUCUUGGAUGAAACCAUUUCUAUCAUUGACUUUUGGCACUGUAUGGGUACUACCACUAUUUGUGCUCAGUAGGAUAGUCAACAGUUUAUGGUUUCAGGACAUAGCGGACAGUGCUUAUAGGUAUAGACAAGGAAGGCCAUUACUUUUGUCCAGUGUGAGCAAGCUCAUAGCAGACACGCUUUUCAGUAUAUUGGUUCAAGCAUUAUUUUUGGGUCAAGGAAUGUUGGUAUCCAGGAUUCCAUUACCUCUUGUAGGUGAUAUCCUUGCCCUUAUACAUAUGUGCCUUUUAUAUGCUCUCUAUGCUUUUGAAUACAAGUGGUUUAAUAUGGGUUGGGAAUUACAUAGACGAUUAAGUUUUAUUGAAAGUAAUUGGCCAUAUUUUGUGGGUUUUGGCCUGCCACUAGCAGUACUUACUCAACUGCCAAGUUCAUAUGUAAUAAGUGGCUGUGUUUUUUCUAUACUGUUCCCAUUAUUUAUUGUAAGUGGAAAUGAAGCAAUACCUGUAACUGGAGUAUGUGACUGUCCAUUAAAAUUAUUUUCACCAGUAAUUGCUAUUGCAAAUACACUUUUCAACAAAACAAUUGGACCCAAACGGUGACAUAAAAGGACAUAACCAAUCCCUUUGGAAUGAUAAAUAUGUAGCCAUAAACAGUUUUUUUCAGAUUGUCACAU